AUGAGGAUAAAGUUGGAACCAUCCAGCCCCAUGAUGAUGCUCUGCACCUUGAGACCGCCUAUUGGCACGAUAAAUGUCAUUCUCACUGCUCCAGGAAGAACCGGCUCCCAUCCUUUCAGAGUGAUGUUGGUGGCCCGACUCCCUGCUGAAGCCGAUGACUAUGAGUCUAAGAGGGCUAAAGGGAUGGCCUGGCCCAUACUCGGAUUCUCGAAUGAGGAUAAAGUUGGAACCAUCCAGCCCCAUGAUGAUGCUCUAGUCAUCACACUCAGGAUUGGGGGAUAUGACAUGAAGAGGGUGCUAGUCGAUCAAGGUAGUGCUGUGGAAUUAAUGUACCCUGACCUGUACAAGGGGCUAAGGCUGAGACCGGAAGACCUGACAGCAUACGACUCCUCUUUGGUAAGUUUCGAAUGGAAAACCAUUACUCUGAAAGUCCAGAUUAGACUGCCUAUACAAACAGGCUUGGACAUAGUGGAGGUGGACUUCAUAGUGGUGGACACAUAUUCGCCCUACACUGCCAUUGUAGAUAGAUGUUGGCUUCAUGCCCUAGGGGCUGUCUCCUCAACCUUACACCAAAAGGUGAAGUAUCCGUCGGAGGGUCGGGUCAAAGAAGUGAUAGGGGACCAAGCCAUGGCCCGGCAAUGCAUGGUUGGCUCGAAAUUGCCACCCCAAGAGAAGGAAAAGCUAAUUGAUUUCCUCAAAGAAAAUGUGGACGUGUUUGUAUGGGACACCUACGAGGCUCCGGGGGUCAAUCCAAAUUUCAUAUGCCAUCAUCUUAAUGUUAGUCUGGCCGUUACGCCUAAGAAACAACCUCCUCGGCGACCGUCGAAAGAGCAUGUUGAUGCGGUAAGGGAGGAGGUGAUGAAACUAAAGAAAGCAGGGGCUAUCAAAGAAGUUUUCUACCCCGAGUGGCUGGCCAAUACAGUUGUGGUGAGGAAGAAGAGUGGGAAAUGGCGAGUCUGCGUAGACUUCACGAACCUGAAUAAGGCCUGCCUAAAGGAUCCCUUUCCUAUGCCUCGGAUAGACCGAUUGGUGGAUUCAACCGUGGGACACCCUUGA